GCUCCCGUCCAGCCUCCAGCCUCCCAUCUGCGUCUCUGCAGGACGCUGCCACCCGGGCCGCCAUGGCGCUGCGUGUGGCCGUUUUCGACCUUGAUGGGGUGCUGGCUCUGCCUUCCAUCCCCAGCGCCCUCCGCCGCGCCGAGGAGGCCCUGGAGCUGCCCAGAGACUUCCUGAAAGAAGCUUUCCAGAAAGAAUCCCUAGAUGGACCCAGUGGUCAACUCAUGAAAGGCAAGAUCAUGUUUUCCCAGUGGGUGCCACUCAUGGAAGAAAAGUACAGAAAGCUCUCAGAGGCCUCAGGGACUCGCCUUCCAGAGAACUUCUCUGUAAGUCAAAUCUUCAGCGAUGCCAUAUCCGCAAGAAGCAUCAACCGCCCCAUGCUUCAGGCAGCUACUGCUCUCAAAAAGAAGGGAUUCACAACGUGCAUUGUCACAAACAACUGGCUGGAUGACAGUCAAAAGAGAGGUAGCCUGGCCCAGCUGAUGUGUGGGCUGAGCCCCCACUUUGACUUCCUGAUAGAGUCCUGUCAGGUUGGGAUGAUCAAGCCUGAGCCUCAGAUCUACAAGUUGUUACUGGAGACUGUGAAAGCCAAUCCCAAUGAAGUUGUUUUCCUAGAUGACUUCGGGAGUAAUUUGAAGCCAGCCCGUGACAUGGGAAUGGUUACCAUCCUGGUCCGGGACACUGACACCACCCUGAGAGAGCUGGAGAAAGUCACAGGGACACAGCUUCUUCCUGUGGUCCCUCUGCCAGUCCCCUGCAAUGUAAAUGACGUGAGCCACGGGUACGUGACCAUAAAGCCUGGGAUCCAUCUGCAUUUUGUGGAGAUGGGCUCUGGCCCUGCAGUGUGCCUCUGCCAUGGCUUUCCCGAGAGCUGGUUCUCUUGGAGGUAUCAGAUCCCUGCUCUGGCCCAGGCGGGUUUCCGGGUUCUAGCUAUGGACAUGAAAGGCUAUGGAGACUCGUCCUCCCCUCCUGAAAUAGAAGAAUAUGCCAUGGAAGUGUUAUGUAAGGAGAUGAUAACUUUCCUGAAUAAGAUGGGUAUCCCUCAAGCGGUGUUCAUCGGCCAUGACUGGGCUGGUGUGCUGGUGUGGAACAUGGCUCUCUUCUACCCUGAGAGAGUGAGGGCAGUGGCCAGCGUGAAUACUCCCUUCAUGCCACCAAAUCCCAAGGUGCAUCCCAUGGAGGUUAUCAAAUCCAUCCCAACUUUUAAUUACCAACUGUACUUCCAAGAACCAGGAGUGGCUGAAGCUGAACUGGAAAAGAACCUGAGUCGGACUUUUAAAAGCUUGUUCCGAGCAAGUGAUGAGGGUUUAGUUGCCGUCCAUAAAGUCACUGAGAUGGGGGGACUCCUUGUGAACACCCCAGAGGAUCCAGGCCUCAGCAAGAUUGCUACUGAGGAGGAAAUCGAGUUCUAUGUGCAGCAGUUCAAGAAGUCUGGCUUCAGGGGUCCCCUGAACUGGUAUCGAAACAUGGAAAGAAACUGGAAGUGGUACUGUAAGGGUGUGGGGCGGCAGAUCCUGAUUCCGGCCCUGAUGGUCACGGCUGAGAAAGACCUUGUGCUUCAUCCUCAAAUGUCCAAGAACAUGGAAAAAUGGAUCCCUCACCUGAAAAGGGGACACAUCGAGGACUGUGGGCACUGGACACAGAUGGAGAAACCUGCUGAACUGAACCAGAUUCUCAUCAAGUGGCUGAAGGCUGAAGUCAACAACCCAUCAGUGAUUGCCAAGAUUUAACCUGUGAUGUGUCCCUAGUAGAGCUUGUUCGUCAUCAGCUUAGGACGCAGCUUAGCAUCUGGACAUGGCCUUGCCCACAUCUCUUCUAACCAACAGUGUUGUUCUUUUGGCAAACAGUGAUUUUUCUUUUAGUGAAAUCGACCAGAUAUGAUGUCAUUUUAGAUCAGAAGAAAUCACUUGGGAGUAAUUUUCUGAGUAUAACUGGCUCAUCUAAGAAUUCAUGUCCUGUCGGGAAGGUGUAAGGUAGCCCAGUAGGAAAUUCUCUGUAAGGACUGACCAGCUCAUCAUUUUGCACCCAAAUCCAAGGCUUACUUUGAAACAGGUGAUCAGAGAUUAGGGUCCUUUAUUCAAUAAAGCUAAGACCAUGA